AUGUCUUCGCGCCAAGCAAACUACGAUUCUUUAUACUUCGAUCGGCUAAGAGACAGUCGCCAGCCCCUCACCAUCGAGAUUAUCUGGAAACGAGUCCAGCAGCCGGAUGGGAUCAUCUCCGUUCUGAUCCUUUUCGGUUCGAUCCUCUACCAUCUCUAUGGAUCGCCAGAUGCACUGGAAUCGGGUAUUAGGUGGCUUGGAUCGUGUAUAUGGAAUACGCUUGUUUACCUUACACCGUCUCCCUUGAUCAAUUCCAUUGACAACUGGCACGGCUCGCUUCAAACACCCCGAUCGAUGCAGUCCUCACGAUCAACCACCCAUGCUGAGAAAAGCGCAACCAUGCGGCGGCUGUUGGGCCUUGACCAGCAGGGUGGCAUGAUGGCCUCGGUAUUCAAAGCCCGGACGCGUGCGAUUUCGAUAACAGGCAACGCGCUCGGCUUGAAGGGCGAGGUGGAAAAGCCACCUGGGCUUGGUAACCGGGAUAAUUCUUGCUUUCAGAAUAGUAUCCUCCAAGGCUUAGCUGCUUUGAAUACCUUCCCAGACUACCUUGAAAACUGCCUGAAAUAUGCUGGGGCCGCCCCCAAAAACACAAACGGAGCUGUGACCCAGACACUUCAGGAACUGCUGGCCGACCUGAACAGCGCUUCGAACAACGGACGAACCCUCUGGACGCCAAACAAGCUCAAAUUCAUGAGCACAUGGACGCAGCAGGAUGCCCAAGAAUACUAUUCCAAAAUUCUGGACGAUAUUGAUAAAGGCGCGGCGAAAGCGCUCCAAGCUUCAAAGCCGCAACCAGGCCUGGAAACUCCGCCCAACAAGGAUGAUACUGCCUCAAGCGAACAUAGCGAUGACAGCGGCUACCAAAGCCUGUCAAACUCAUCAAAGUCAUCAGACUCGAUAGCUUUGCGAAACCCAUUGGAAGGUCUCCUCGCUCAGCGAGUUGCGUGUGUUCAGUGCGGCUACUCAGAGGGACUGUCGAUGAUCCCAUUCAACUGCCUCACACUGAGUCUAGGGUUAGGCCGAAGGGAGCAUGACCUCUACGAGCGCUUAGAUGCCUACAGCGAUAUAGAAUCGAUUGAAGGCGUCGAGUGUGCCAAGUGCACUUUACUCAAGGCUCAACGGCUAUUAUCCAAACUCCUAGAGACGUUGCGAGAAAAGGGAACACCAGAGGCGCAGCUCAUAGAACCUGUACGGCGGCUACAGGCCAUUAACGAAGCCUUCGAAGAGGAUGAUUUCGAGGAAAAGACCCUCACAGAGACAUGCAAAAUAUCUCAGCGAGGAAAGGUGACAACUACCAAGACCAAGCAAGUUGUCAUUGCCCGCCCGCCGCAAAGUCUAGCUAUCCACAUCAAUCGCUCCGUCUUUGACCCUUCAACUUUCAACACGAUUAAGAACUCGGCUCCUGUCAAAUUUCCAACAACUCUGGAUAUUGGACCUUGGUGUCUUGGCAGCGCUGACAAUGACGAGGAAUCCAACGAUUCACAAUGCGCAAACUCAGACAGCGGCCAUGGCGACGAACAGUGGCAAAUUGGUCCAACGGCAUCAAUGGUUGCUGGCGAUCUCAAACAUUCCAAGUUGUCCGGGCCCAUUUAUGAGCUGAGAGCAGUAGUAACACAUGCUGGAAGACAUGAGAAUGGGCAUUACAUCUGCUAUCGCAAAUAUCCUCGGAUAUCACCGCCAUCGAGUCCCGUCAUCAACGAGAAACAAGCAGAUGGGGAUGUGGAAGAUCAUGUGGACAGCAAUAGCCCUACAAACACGAAUAUCGACACUGACACCGUUCAUGAUGCGAGCCAGAUGGAUUGGUGGAGACUGAGCGAUCACAAUGUGUCCAAGGUCGAUGAGGAAGUGGUCUCGAAUUUAUCAUCCGGGGUUUUCAUGCUAUUCUACGACUGCAUAGACCCAAGCAUGAUUCUGUCGUCAGAUUCGGACACAUUGUCAACCAAAUCCUCAGAAGAUGAUGAUAGUGGGGCAAUAACUCCUACAGAUGAUUCAGGGGUAGCGGUCGAGGAGGAGCCAGACCCAGUUCCAGCCUUGGCGCCAUCCGUGCCUCUGCCGGCCGAAGCCCAGGACCCAGUGAAGGAAUCUUGA